AUGAAGGUCAGUGGCCUCUUUCCCUUCGUGCUUCUUGCCCUGGGAACCCUGGCACUUUGGGCUGUGGAAGGUGCUGAAAAUGCUUUGAAAGCUGGGGCCUGCCCUCCUAGAAAACCUGCCCAGUGCUUUGGAGAUGAGAAACCCAAGUGCAGUAGUGACUGGCAGUGUCCACACAAGAAGAAAUGCUGCCUCGACACUUGCGGAACCAAAUGUCUGGACCCUGUCAAUGUCACACACCCAGUUAAGAAGAAGCCUGGGACGUGUCCAAUGGUCCAUGGCCAAUGUCUGAUGUUAAUCCCCCUCAAUCACUGUGAGACAGACGACCAGUGUGUAGGCACAUUAAAGUGCUGCAGGGCCAUGUGUGGGAAAGUCUGCCUUUCCCCUGUGAAAGCCUGA